AUGCUGAGGCUCGCACACUUCCCUCCAGGCAUAGCAACACAGAGGCGCAGGGCUGCAGGACGGUCCGCGUUUGGGGACAAACACAGCUCACCCCAAAGCAGCCCUGACCACAUCAUGGGGAGUGUGUUCUUGCCAGCGGAUGCAGCCCAUUCGGUGUUGCGCCGGCUGCGCAGGGCCAACUCCAUGUUAGAGGAAAUGAAGCAGGGCAACAUCCAGAGGGAGUGUCGUGAAGAGACCUGCACCUAUGAGGAGGCGCGGGAGGCUUUUGAGAAUGAUGAAAAGACGAAGCGUUUCUGGGAGGAGUAUGUGCAGGAGAGUAAUCCAUCUGGUGGGCUGGACUCGAUUGGGGCAGUCAAGUCCUUGUACUUAAUUGUGCCAUUGCUGCUGGUGGUCCUGAUCAUCGCCAUAAUCGCCGUCACAGUCUGGCGCUGCCACUUUCACAAACACCCACAGCGCAGCCCGAGCCUGGGACACUCUCACCACGACCAUGUUCUUUCAGUGGUCUCUAUGGACGCUUGGGGGCGAAGUUAUCCUCACGGUGACCCAUCAGAACUGAGCAUGCACAGCAGCCCGGCUCACGGCGGCUCAGAGCCCACCACAUACAGAGGAAGUGCUGCAGACCCCCCUCCGUCUUAUGAGGAAGCCGUGGGUCACACCGAUGUGCAGAUAGAGACUGAGCCACCCCCGCAGUACGACGACAUCGUCAACACCAGCACUGCAUUUGUCAUUAACGGCAGAGGGAAGUGA